AUGUAUGUAACAAGGCGUUUAUCGGAAUACCAGAGAAACCCAUCGGAGCUGAAACUGCUUCCACCAGAAGGUCCAAACUCGGGCAUAAUGGUGAUUCAAGAUGAAGAAUCACAACCAACUUGCUGCUUUGGUUCUUGCUACGAAGGUAGGCUUAAAGGCUUGCCGUUUCCACAAAACGUGAAGCUUGCAGCAACGUAUAGCAGUGGAGGAGGAGGUGGAGCAGGAUCAGGAGGAGGAAGCCAGACACAUCAUACCCCAGUUGUGUUCAUCCCUGUUCUUGAUCAGCCAUUGUCUUCCAACCUUUACUAUGUUAUACAAAGACGUGGGAAGCAUACUGGGAAAGCAUCUGCAAGUGCAAAAGAGGAAGAGAGAGUUUCAAGCUGCUGUUUCUCUAGCUAUGUUCCUGAAGCUAAGCCACAACAAGCAGAUCCGUAUGAUAUAUACCAACAAUUCGAGAUUCAUUCAAGCCGACCAUCAUCUCUCUAUUACUCUGCCACUUCAGUUGCUUCUGAUGGUGUGCCACCAUAUUACCUGAAGAGAAAACAUUGGUCGGUCAGUUACUCGACUUCACAAGACUUUGGUCUAGUAGAUGAUGCAAAAGGGAUUAUCACAAAGCUUCGCUUAGACUCAGACCUUACUAGUAUAGGUAAGAGUGUUGUAGUAGGGAAAUGGUAUGUUCCUUUCAUGUUUGUUAUGGAAGGAGAUGUAAAAGAUCAAAUGAAGAAAUCAACGUUUUACAGCGUGACGCUUCAACAAAAGUGGGAAGAAGUUUUCUUCUGCGAAAACAUCCGCGAUGAACGUUUUGAGGUUGUAGUUGAUGUUGAUGUAGAAACAGAAGUGGUGAAGGUUGACGGACAAGAAACUCAUUUGAGAGAGAACAAAGGUGAUGGAGUUGUUUGGUUUAGUGUCUUAAGGGAUGAGAAACAAGACAAGAAGAUAGGUCUUGGGUCUGUGGUCGUGGAGAGGAUGAAAUGGGAAGAAGAAAAGUUUGGGUGGUUAAACAGAGGAGAAAGGUCUAAAAUUAAGAGAUCAGAGAGAUUUGAAGGCGGUUCAUCGCAUUGGAAGAGUUAUCGAUGUUAUGUAUUGAUAGAGAGCUUUGAAUUGAAGAGGAUGGAUGGGAGUUUGGUGUUGACGUAUGAGUUUAAACAUGUUGAUAAGGUAAACAGCAAGUGGGAUUGA